GAUUCUUGCCUCCUCUCUCCUACAUCUUACUCUUUUAGUUCGUCUCGUAGUUGUGGUGAGGCAUAGCGUCGUUCAGUUAUAUAUUCUACCUGUUGUGCCCCCGUUUGGGGUUUUAUCUAUUUAUUGCACUUACCAAAGGGCCAUUGUCACCCUUCGAUUUUGUAUUAUGCACCUGUGUUUCAGUAGCUUUGUGUUUUGUGGUUUUGAGUGUAUUUGAAAAAUUUGUUACGCUUUAUCUGGAUGGAAAUCGUUAAUACUUUUUAAUUUUGAUGAAAGAUGCCUGAAACAACCACCAGUCCUCCGGUAGAGGAUCGUCCUCUAUCGUUGGCUCGUCACGAGUUCUCUUUAUCUGCAUCAGGCAGCGGUAACCGAUCAUCAUCAGGUAACCGUUACGAAACUCAACACGGAUACCAACAAGUACCAUUACAAAGCACCAUGAGUCACCAUCGCGAGAGUUCGGCUUUCGUACCGGUGGUACCGUCGCGAAAUAUGCACCAAAUGAUAUACUCCAGUGAAAUACACCCCUUACUCGGUGGGGAAAUGAUACGUGAAACUCGCGAACGUUCGGACGGUAGCAAAACCGCUGAAAGCGGAACCGCUCCGGGAUUUUCCGGUACUCGAAAAACUUCGACCGGAUUCGAUUUGAUGGCUAUGAUGGCGGAUAAACGUAAAGAAAUGCAAUUUCGCGAGGAAGCCGCUUGCGUAGCGGCGGCACACGCGGCGGCUUUGAUGCUUCCGCAUAGAGCUAGACCUCCGAGCGGUUUAUUAGAAGCGUCCGGUAGUUCACAAACUCAUUCGUAUCCGGGGUUUUUACCUACGUCGCCGGCGGGGCCUGCUUCUUUCACGUUUCCGGGAGGUAGUGCUCUAUUUCCUCCGGGACCUCCUCAGAUGCACGCGCAUUUGGAUAGGCGGUUAUUGAGAGCGCCGGGGCGGGCGUCGCGGCCGAAAAAACAAUUCAUUUGCAAAUAUUGUAAUAGACAGUUUACUAAAAGUUAUAAUUUGUUAAUACACGAACGUACUCAUACAGACGAAAGGCCGUAUUCUUGUGAUAUAUGCGGAAAGGCUUUCAGAAGACAGGAUCACUUGAGAGAUCACAGAUAUAUCCACAGUAAAGAGAAACCGUUCAAAUGUGGCGAAUGCGGUAAAGGUUUCUGUCAAUCCCGAACACUGGCCGUUCACAAAAUUCUCCACAUGGAAGAAUCUCCACAUAAAUGUCCCGUUUGCAGCAGAUCCUUCAACCAACGUUCGAAUCUCAAGACCCAUUUACUCACCCAUACGGAUCACAAGCCCUACGAAUGCAAUUCGUGCGGAAAAGUUUUUAGGAGGAACUGCGAUUUGAGACGGCACGCUUUGACACAUGCCGUUGGAGAUGUACCUCCCGAUGGACUUGGAGACGGAUACAUACCAAGUGGCGAUGACCAAGAAAAGAUGCCUCCGCGAUCAAGAAGUCUCUCUGUCGAUUCUAGAGACGAGAGGGCGUGUUCUCCCGCUCCCGGUAUAACCCAAUGCCAUGAACCGUGUUCGUCUUCGAGUCCUUAUACUAUGAGACCCUCUAUCGAGAGACACCAUCCCGAUACAGACGAAGAAGAUUUAGAUGAAGACCCGGAAAUAGAUCCCGGUCAAGAAGAUUGUACUGAAAUUCUUAAAGAAACUGAAGCAGAACCUCAACAUACGCCGAUGCCACAGCUACAAAUAAGAAGAGACCUUCACCAUGUUCCACAACCGAAACCGAGCACCAUUACUAGCGAACAUGUGGAACAGAGUUUCCUCAUUUCCAGAAAACGACAUUUCGAUCAAGACAGACCGAGUUCAUCGUUCUCUCACAGUUCGAUGCGACCAUUGACGCCACCUAUGAACCUGAGAACGUACCAUCCAAGUAUGAGAGGAACUCCCGGUUUGUUAAUAGGAUCUCCCGCCGUACUAAAACCGCCGGAUACUGGAACGUCUGUUAUUUUCGGUCCCGGAAUACCCGGUUGUUCAAAAAUUAUUCAGAAUCCUAAUUCGAAUAACGUGGCGAGUGAUUUGAGCAUGAAAAAAAGCGAAGCCGCGCCUCCACCUCCACCACCUCCUAAUCCACCGCCUCAUAACCCACCACAGAGAAUGACGGGCUUCACUAUAGCGGAUAUUAUGGGUAGAUAGUGACGUUGGGCAUCUUCAUCCCGGGAGGAAAAGUGUAAUAGAAUAUCGGUAUGGAAAUUGUUGAUUUUCUUUUCAUAUUAUUGUUAUAUUUUUUUUUAUUGGUAAGACAUUUAAAUGUUUUGAUUUAAGUUAAUUAGUUUUAUUUUUCAGUAAUUUAUUAUAUAUUAUAAUUAUGUAAUUUGGGUGAAAAUUUCAAAUUUAAAAUGCCAUCACUUCUGUUUUAUCAUUAGAAAAUCAUUUUCACACGGAUUUAAGUGUCCUAAGCUGAUUUCUGAAAUAAUACUUCACUGACUACCAUAUUUAACAUUAAAAAUUCCUUGUCUAAACAUUCCAGAACCAUCUGAAGCUUUCCUUUUACUUUGACAGCUUUUUUUCACCCUUCUGCUUACGACAAAAUUUAUCUGAAACUUUCAGAUGCUUUACUAUAUAAUUUGGAACCUUUCAUAGUUUCUGCACUUUACCCAGAGUUUUUUUAAACGUUAUUGAUGUCUUAUUACAUGAUUCAGUAUCUAUUACAGCUUUAAAAUAAUUCCUACCAUGUUCCUUGUUGUUUUAAAGUAAGGUAUAACAACUGGUACAUACAAUUCAAGAUUUUUAGUUGCUUUUCUGACUAUUUCAGGAUCUUAUGUGGCAUCCUUAUACAUAUCAGGAUAAUGAAUUUUUUUUAUAACCAUCUGAAGCUUUACUACAAUCUUUCUUGAGCUUUUAUGUUUGUAUAUAGGUCUUAAAACAACAUUUCUGUAAUCUCCAGGAGCAUAUCAAGCUUCACUUAUAAGUUUCAGUAUAUUAACUUUACUCCAAAUAUGUAGUUCUUCAUAUCUACUUUGGUUGUCUUUGAGGUUAUCAAUUAUAUAGUUGUUUAGCAACUCAUCAAAAUAAUUCAAUUUCGUGACUGCAGACUUAGAAAACAAAUAUGAAGUACUGGUUUCUUGGAGUUUUUAAGUUUCUUCCUUUUUUUGAUUUAUUGAGUAGAAAAAAAACUUUCGAUGUUAGUUCCCACAUUAUUUAUUAUAAAAUAUGUAUUACUAUAUAUAUACAUAUCUUCUUAAAAUUACGUUCUUUUUAGUUUAAUUAAUUGCAGAUAUUGGGUGAGUUAAGUUAAAUGUGUAGAUUUAUAUAUUUUUUGAAAGAUUAACAUAUCAUUGUGACUUAUUUUUAUUAGUUUGUAAGUAUAUUUUAAAAAAUAUUACUUAGAUUUUGUAUAUAAUCAAAAUAAACCGAAUUCCUAUCAAUUACAGGAUAAUUUCAAGGCUUAUUUUAGCUUCAUACAGAUAUAAUAAUUAUUUAAAGUAGAAAUUUUCUUGUACAAAUAUUUUUAGGGAUCUAAGGCUUGAUAUAACCAACGUUCAAAUGUUUAACCGUAGUUUUCAGUAGUUGAAUUGCUAAUUUCUAUCUUAUUUUUUACUUCUGUCAAAAAUAUUGUAGGUCAAUUUGUUACUGAUAUAGAUAUUUUGCAUUUUACCUGAAUUAACGAAUUUUUCCAUAAGAAACAGAAACAUUAUCACACUUUAUUUUACUUUUUUAAAAAUUAUUAGAAUUGUCCUCCUGAAUCAUGGUUUCUCGAUGAAAUUUUGAAGAUUUUACUUUGUUUCUGGAUGAUUAUCCAGUUACUUCCUGUUUUAACCAUGUUUUCAUAUUUUCAUUUCCAUAUUUUUUUCCAUAUAUUUCCAAUAUAACUAUUACAUACACAAUGCCAUAUUUUUUCUAAUAUCUGCUUUCCAUUAUUCCUUCACCGAUUUUUGAAUCUUUCACAUUGUUUUCUAUCUUCUUUGAGAUUUUAAUCACUUCAGGACCUUUCUAAACAUCUUUGUUAAGUAUCAGGAACAUCCAAAGCCUUUCUGAUAAUUUUGGAUCUUUCACUAAAUGUUUUAGGAUACUGCGUAGCUUUCUGCCUACUCUUAUAGCAUUCCUUCAUGUAUCAGGAUCAUCUGGAGCUUCUUUAAACGUUUUAGAUAUUUUAAUACGUGAUUCAAGAUUUUCAGUAUUAUUUAUGUGAAUAAAACAAAUCUUUCCAUUUUUUUUGUUAGUAAACAACGUUUAGGAUUUUUUGUAACUGUUCUGACUAAUUCAGAACCUUCUGGUGCAACUUUGCAAGUAUCAGGUUCAUCUAAAGUUUCUCUAAUCAUUUUGGAUCCUUUACUACAUGAUUCAGCAUCAAUUGGAGCUUCUUAAAACAUUUCAGAUAUUUUAAUACAUGAUCCAGAACUUACAGUAACAUUCCUGUGAAUAAAACAAAUAUUUCCAUUUUUUUUCUUGCUGGUACACAACGUUUAGGAUUUUUUGUAAAUGUUUUGACUAAUUCAGAACCUUCUGGUGUAUCUCUGCUAGUAUCAGGAACAUCUGAAGCCUCUGUGAUAAUUUUGGAUCCUUCACUACAUUUUUUGUAAUGUUUUAUACCUUUCGACUACUUCUAUAGCAAUUCUGCACAUAUGGUUAUUAAAUUGUGUUUUUUUCUGAUCAUAACAGCUAAAGGUUCUUCAUUUCAUGUGAAAAUCAUCCAUAUCUUCUAAGUAGCUCUAAUUUCAGAGAUACUUCAAUUUGAUUGCCUCUAAAGAAUGUUUGAAAUUAGCAUCUUUCAAUUUUUUCAAUGAUAAAAUAAAAUUAGUGUCUCAUAAAACAGUUUAAAGUUUGAUUGAGUAUGAAUUUUGGUUAUAGCAUCCAGAUUAAAAGUGAAAAAAAAAUCGUUAAUGUAAUAAUUUCUUUAAAUAAAAUAUUAGAAGCGAAAACACCCUGUAGAUAUAGAUUAUAAGAUAUUAUAUGUAACUGUUGGUACAAAAUUUAGUAACAAUUGUUAUUGUAAUUUAUUUCAAUUAAGUAUUAUAGAAUGUUAGCUUAUUUUAUUUUUGAUAAGAAAACUAUAUUAAACUGAAUGUGAUUUAUACUAUUUUUUUUCAAUAAAGUAUUUUCUUAAAUACAA